CGUUUCCGGGGGAGGUUUGUUUGGUUGCACUCACGUGGAAGAGACAGGAGCGCUGCGGUACCGCCCGGUGUGUAAGUGAAGUCGAUUUAUAAGAAAAAAAUGGAUGAAGAACCAGAAAGAACCAAGCGGUGGGAAGGCGGCUACGAGAGAACAUGGGAGGUUCUCAAAGAGGAUGAGUCGGGAUCGCUGAAGUCUACCAUCGAUGAGAUUCUGUUCAAGGAUAAAAGGAAGAGAGUUUUUGAACAUCAUGGACAAGUUCGUUUGGGAAUGAUGCGUCACAUGUUUGUGAUAAUUGAUGGAUCCAGAACAAUGGAGGAUCAAGACCUGAAACCCAACAGACUUACGUGCACCUUGAAAUUGCUUGAGUAUUUUGUGGAUGAAUACUUUGAUCAAAACCCUAUAAGUCAGGUUGGGCUUCUCAUCACGAGAAAUAAAAGGGCUGAAAAGCUGACAGAGCUUGCUGGGAACCCUAGGCAACACAUAACUGCAUUAAAGAAAGCCGUAGACAUGACCUGCAGCGGCGAGCCUUCUCUCUUCAAUUCUCUCAACCUUGCAUUGCAGACACUGAAACACAUGCCAGGACACACAAGUCGUGAAGUCUUGGUGAUUUUUAGCAGCCUGACAACAUGCGAUCCAUCCAAUAUAUAUGAUAUUAUCAAGUCCCUGAAAGCCAGCAAAAUCAGGGUGUCUGUCAUAGGGCUUUCCGCGGAGGUGCGUGUCUGUACUGUGCUCACUCGGGAGACUGGAGGAGAUUAUCAUGUUAUUCUGGAUGAGAGUCACUAUAAGGAACUUCUGAUGCGCCAUGUCAGUCCUCCUCCUGCCAGCAACAGCUCUGAGUGCUCUCUUAUACGCAUGGGCUUCCCUCAGCAUACAAUGGGUUCUCUGUCUGAUCAAGAUGCAAAGCCAUCAUUUAGCAUGGCGCAUCUGGAUAGUAACAGUGAACCAGGCCUCACUCUUGGUGGCUACUUUUGUCCACAAUGCAAAGCAAAAUACUCAGAAUUACCUGUGGAAUGCAAGGUUUGCCGUCUUACAUUAGUGUCUGCUCCUCACUUGGCUCGGUCAUACCAUCACUUAUUUCCUCUGGAUGCUUUUAAAGAAGUUGCUCUUGCAGAAUAUAAAGGGGAGAGGUAUUGCCGUGGCUGUGAUGGAGAGCUGAAGGAUCAACAAGUUUACAUUUGCACAAUAUGUGACUGCGUCUUCUGUGUGGAGUGCGACUUGUUCAUUCAUGAUUCUUUGCAUUGUUGUCCUGGUUGUAUUCACACUCGGCCAAACUCAUCGAUAUCAUGAUGACCUCUCUGGUGAAUAGAUCUGUCCUCAAAGGAAAGCCAACACAUUUGCAUUCUGUGAAAGCAGCAACAAAUAUAGAUGCAUAUAAACUGACAGUGGUGCCUGGCAAAGAGCAGUCCCGUGCAUGGAGUGGUGAAGGCAGAAAAAGAAAUGGAGAGAGACAUCCAUCACAUAACCUGCUGAAAUGUUUCAUUAUCUGUCACCUGUUUAAUACCAUUGGUUCCGUAUUAAAUACAUUACAUUCUACCGCAUUACCUUAAAGGGACACUUCCACCACAAAGGGGUAUUUAUUUUAUACACUGCAGUCAUAGAAAAAAAAUGUGGGCAGUACUGUGCCUUUGAAAUUGAAAUGCAAAGUAUUGUUUCUCUAGCAGUUAGCACAAAUGAUUAAACCUCCUAAACAGAGAAUCCAUUGUCAGCCUACUACUGCCGUCAAAGGAAGAUGUUAUAGGGUAAUGCUCAUUAUAAUAGUAGGUGUAGAAUCAGGAUGACAAUAUUGGAGCUCUCUUGUUGCCCACAGAAUAACAUUGCAUCGAUGAGUGUAAUAUGUGAUGCUCUAAUUCAGUCGCACACCCCCAGACAGAGUGAUGAACUGGCUGAGAGAGGAGAGAUGGCCUGCUGUGCUAAAAGUCCAAGCCAAGAGGAAGUAAGAGUCAUGACUGGAAGUAGAAUACAUGGAGUCACUUAAAAAAUGUUAUCCAGAAAACCAUCUACCCUAGAACCUAGAAUAUCCACAUAUAAUGAGAUACCAUUUUAAUGGAAGUGUCCCUUUUUAAAGGAGUUGUUCCAAAGAAGUCAUAUGUCUGAUUAUUGGUAGUCCAGAGGUUGGGUCCUCCAUUGAUCUUAAAGUGCAUCCUGAUCUUUUGCUGACCGCCAGUGGACAAAUGGCUGUUCUUGCCUUCGCACAGUACUUUGUUUGACAAGACUAUUGUGAGAGCAUUUGGGGUUUCUUGAAAUUGAUGUUGUCCCCACUGAUCACACUUUUACCAAAUGUCUGACAUAUCAUAAGCCAGGGCCACAUCCUGUGAAGGGUAACAUAUUUGAAAUAUUUUACAUUUUUCACAAUUUCCUUUUGUAUUCUGAUUUUUCUA